CGCGGAACCGGAAAAAUGAGGGAAUGAAUCACUCGAACAUCCAUCCAUCCAUUUCUCCCGCUUAUUCCCUUCGGGGUCGCGGGGGUCGCUGGAGCCUAUCUCAGCUAUCAAAAUAAUACAAGAAGAAAGUGUAUGAAAGGUUCAAUUGUUGACCUUAUAGCCAGCUUUUUAUUCCAUUUUUUGUAUGCAAGCAAGUGACAGUGUGGGGCCAAGAAAAUGUGUGUUAAACGUCGCAUAAACAAUAGCAAACAAUUGAUUAAUAAAAUAAAUAUAAAAUAAUAAUAAUAAUAAUGAUACAGGUAUUAAAUUAUUUUUUAAAACAGUGCAAAUGUUCAAUAAAAACUAGGAACUGUAAGCAUGAUUUGGCAUUUUUUUUGUGUGUGGGUUAAUGAAUAGUUAGUGAAAAAAAAAAGUGUUCCUUUGAAUGAAGUCAUCCUUUAUAGUGGGAGGAGACUGGAAAGCACAUAAAAAGGAGAGCGUAAGUCACAAAGUGUCACAUCUCUUCCUGGAGAGCAGAAACACACAUUGGGCAGACAGAAUACCUGCAGAUCUUCUCAAGCACCAUGGCAAAGCGUGUAGCUGUUAUUCUCUCGGGCUGCGGAGUGUACGAUGGCACAGAGAUCCACGAGGCCUCCGCCGUCCUCGUUCACCUGAGUCGCGCUGGAGCCAAAGUGCAGAUGUUUGCUCCAAAUGCAGAUCAGAUGCACGUUGUCAAUCAUUCUGAGGGGAAGCCUACAGAGGAGAAGAGAAACAUCCUACAGGAGAGCGCCCGUAUCGCCAGGGGUGAUGUUACAGAUCUGGCCAAGCUCGAUGGUUCAGCUUUUGAUGCUGUCAUCAUCCCUGGUGGAUUUGGUGUGGCAAAAAAUCUCAGCGAUUGGGCAGUCAAAAAUAAAAACUUCACCGUCAAACCAGGCGUGGUGAAAAUUCUCCAGGACUUCCACAAAUCUGGAAAGCCGCUGGGCUUGUGCUGCAUCUCCCCGAUCCUCGCCGCCAAAAUCCUGCCCGGUUGUGAGCUCACAGUGGGCCACGACACAGAAAGCGACAGGUGGCCGCACGCCCAGACAGCCUGCGCCUUGAAGGAGAUGGGCUGCAAGCAUGUGAACAAAGACGUGGAUCAAGCUCAUGUUGACGUCAAACAUAAACUCGUCACCACACCCGCUUUCAUGGGCAACGCUCCCAUUCAUAAAGUUUUUGAUGGAAUCGGCGUUAUGGUUCAAGAAACUCUUAAACUUGCAUAAGGUGUCUGCACAUGGUGUAUGCCUUUUUGGAGAUGGGAAAAAAUGUAUAUGAAUAAACA